AUGAACGCAAAAGUUCAUCGAAAAGAUGAAGCCAACUUCUUAUCUAAACUCACGCUUUGGUGGAUUGUUGACCUGUUGUGGAGAGGAAGAUUAAAGCCAAUAAAUCAAGAUGAUCUUGAUCCUGUCAGAGAAGAAGAUUGCUCGGAGUAUCGAACCGAACUGUUGGAGAAGACUUGGCGAAAUGAAAAAAUCUCUGCAAAUCAAACAAGGAGAAAACCCAAACUUUGGAAAGCAAUGCUGAAAUGUUUCUCGUGGAAAGAAUAUGGACUUUUAAGUUUAACGUGUUUCUCUAGCAUCUCGGGAAAUAUUUUGUAUCGCUAUUCUACUCUAAAAUUAAUAUAUUCUGUGCUGAGUAUUACUGCUCAUGAUCUAGAAUCCAGAAAUCAGUAUCUUGUCAACGUAUGGGGCAUGAUUAUUGGAUCUAUACUUACAAAUUUUGGCAUUCGACAUUUUAAUUUAAUCACGCCCAUAUUAGGGAUAAAAUCCAGAGCGGCCGUUGUUGGUAUGAUUUAUAAAAAGGUAGGUAACUUCAUCACUCUAUCAUUCGCAUUGCAGCAGAGCAAGUAUAUUUUCACAUUGUCUACGUGGAGGGAGUUAAUUCAUCUCCAACCCAACGGCGUGUCGCAGCCGUUCUUGGCGAUAGCCGGAGUUUGGGAUGCCAAUUCCGCUGGCGAUUUAGGCGGCCCCAGUAUAUCAUAACAGAGCGAAAUUAUACAAAUGAUGAAUGUUUAUGAGUGCAAAGUUAAAAACAUUUUCAAGACGUGAAAGAUGAAAUUUUCCAUUCCACAGAAGGAAUGGAGCAUUUCAUCAUUGACCGAAUGAAAAUAUUUUUACUAUUGCGGUAUUAAUGAAAACAUUAAUUACUUGUUUAACAGUCCAGUUAAUCCCAAACAGCAGUGUAAUUCUCUGUAAUCAAAGUGCAAUUUUCUGUAAUCACAGUGAAAUUUUGUGUAAUUACAGUGCAAAAAUCUGUAACAAAUUGAUCUGAUUGGUGGGAAAAUAAUGUGAUAAUAAAAUCAACCAAUCAGUUUAAAUAGUUUAGUUUAAAGAAGUAACGGUCACAGAUUGCUUCAAAACAAAACAAAUACGGCGCCGCACUACAUUGAAGACGAUAAAGUAAAAGUUGACUUUUGUUGGAAAAUAUCGCUUUUAAUGGAAAAACCUUUACUUCAAACAUGACCAACAAAACUUUCAAGCUGUUAGCCAUGGGCGUACCGGAAGGAAAAAAUUAGGGGGGCGGAAAGAAAAUUGCCAGACUUUUCGGGAUUCUGCCCGACUAGUACCAAAAACUUUUUUCCGGAAAAAUUAUUCUGGCGACCUCCCCCCCCCCUCCCCCCCCGUCGCCAAAAAAAUUUCGGUCAGUGUACCAUUUUAGGGGUCAAAAAAAUUUUCCGAACAACCAAAAUUUUUCGGAACAUACCACAAAUUUUCGAAAAAUCACAAAAUUUGGCAAAACAUUGACUUAAUUUUACACAAAAUUGACAGAAUUCGUCCCAUUUUCUUUUAUUGCAAGCCGAAAAAUUCCCCGACUGCUGAUCGAAUAUUGCCCGACUGCCCAAAAAACUGGGGGGGCUACCGCCCCCCCCCCCGGUACGCCUAUGCUGUUAGCGUUGUAUAAUGUGAUAUAAUAAAGCCAGGAAAACUUUGCAAGUGGAAUGUUCGUUAUAAACUUAAGUUAAAACGUCAAUAAACCUUUCUUAUAAUUAUGGCGUCAGCGUGCAUAAGCUAUUUUGUGACGUCAAACGCGGAUAAAUACUUCGUCUUCGAUUUUCUUGUUUGUUUUGUUUUGAAAGUUUUUCUCCAGGAAAACUCCACAAAAGCGGUAGGUUUUGCUAAUUUUAUUUAUUUAAAUCAAUUAGUAGGUAAGACGUCAUGUUUUCAAUGAAUGUUGAUAAAAUUUAGUGUAUAUUUCCCUCUUGAACGUUGUCAAAGUGACUGAAAAACAAAGCAGUAAUGGCUACGGAUACUAAGACGAGAGAUUGUCUCACUAUUUUAUUUUCGAUUUUUUGUGCCUGUUUUACGGAUGUUUAAACUAUUUUUUGUGUUUUAUUAAAAGUCAACAGUUAUACAUUCAUACAUAUUAAGACAUACCAUACUGCAAAUCCUCUGAAAAUUGUAAAAAAUCGGCUUCUAAUAAGAAAAUGGUCAUGACAAACUUCAUAUUCUGGCUGGCUUAUUUUCUCUUCAGAUGGCACUUCAGCUUUAAAAUCACAUGAGCACAGAUUUGUUUAAUUAACAUCACUGAUUUGGGAAUACGACGAGCAUCGGCCAUAAAUAUGCCUGACUUUUUGUCAUAAUAAAUGUUGCAUGAACAACUACCAAAAUACAAGGAAAAUUUUUGCUGUAUAGUGCAGAGCCAUAGGACUGAAUUUAUAAAAUCAGCAGAGAAUAUGGUCAUUUUUUCUGUAAGAUAUGGAGUGAUUGAAUUUUACAGUUAUUACAUAAGAUAAAAAUAAGAUUGAAUAAUACUGUAAUAGUGAAUGUUAUUACAAUAUAAAUAUGAAUAUGAACAAAUGGUUUUUUAUAAUGUGGAGUGUACAGUAGUUAGAGUUGAUUGAGGGCUGAAGUGCCGAAAUGAGCCAGUCAGAAUGUGAAGUUUAUGAAGGAUAUUUUCUUUUUAGAGGCCGAAUUAUAACAAUUUCCAGAAUAUUUGCAGUAUGGUAUGUCUUAUGUAGGAUAAUUUGACUGUUGACUUCUAAUAAAACACAAAAAAUAGUUUAAAAAUCCGUAAAACAGGGACAUAAAAUCGAAAAUAAAAUAAUGAGACAAUCUCUCGUCUUAGUAUCCGUAGCCAUUACUGCUUUGUUUUUCAGUCACUUUGACAACGUUCAAGAGGGAAAUAUACACUAAAUUUUAUCAACAUGCAUUGAGAACAUCACGUCUUACCUACUAAUUGAUUUAAAUAAGUUAUAAAAUUAGCAAAACCUACCGCUUUUGUGGGGUUUUCCUGGAGAAAAACUUUCAAAACAAAACGAACAAGAAAAUCGAAGACGAAGUGUUUAUCCGCGUUUGACGUCACAAAAUAGCUUGCGCACGCUGACGCCAUAAUUAUAAGAAAGGUCUAUUGUUUCGAACAUUUUUAUGUAAAUUAUUAAGGCCACUACAAGUUAAUCUUUAGUUUCUGGUCCGCCACCCGCGUCCUUUCUCAGUAAAGUAUUAUUUCAGGAUUAGUUUUGUUUUCGCGAAGGAUUUAACUUAUAGAACGAUAAACAUUCAAUUUACACUAAAAAGACCAAGCAAAAUGUAGUAUUGAAUGGUAAAAACCGCUGCCUUUUCGAGAUUACGAGGUAAAAAAAAACUAGAAAUAUUAAUAGAUCAUUUUGAUCUGUAAAAUCCUUCUUAAUCUGUCAUACAUGUCGAUUUAUAAAUAAUAUAAAUGCAAUUUAUGUAAAAUUUCAUAACAUUUUGAUACAAUUAGCAUGAAAAGGGACAAGAAAGACCACAAAAAUGUGGGCAAAGCCACAAUUGUAAUUAUGUCCUAAGUCCUAACCGCCGGCCGCCCGUGUCGUAAACGAAGGUAAGGCCGGACCAGAAACUAAAGAUUAACUUGUUGUGGCCUUAUAUAUAACACCAGAAUAGAACAAUGUUAUGGAAUUUGUUAUUGUAUUAAAUACAGGACAAACACAUAGCUGGCAUGCAUACAAUGUUUAAAACAAAUAGAAAUAUACGACAAAUGUACCAUGUUGUCUAAAUUUCUGGCUAAAAAUUCCUGAUUAUGCGAUUUUCCCCAUAAUUAUAAACAUAGUUAACAAGAAUAGCGCAGGUAUGUUUGGGCUGAAGAGACGGUUGAAUGACCAAAACUUCAUAACAUUAUACAUAUCAACGACCGGGACGCAUGUGUACCACAAAACUAUAUAUUAUUCACCCAUUCUUACAUCAUGUACAGCCAGCAAAGAGAUCUUGAUGAAUUGGAAACAGUAUCUCUGUCGUGGAAUUCGUCCCUCUCUAAUUUGUGGAUGCCAUAUAAAUAAAAAACGUAUAAUUUUCUUACAGGUGUUGAUACAAAGUAAAACAACAAUCAACGCGGGUGAAAUAAUGGAAUUGGUAUGCAAUGAUACACAAUGUUUAGUCACAAUGGCAGACAGAGCAUUUCCAUAUUUGGUUCGGAAAACUAUUUCCGCUGUCAUUUACAUCAGUUGGAUUUUAUUCUUAUAUGGAUGGACAAUCGUUCCUGGCCUCCUUCUGUUUUUUUUUGUUUCCUUGUUUCGUAUUUUAGUGACAAGACUUGAUCUUAAUUUACGACAAAAUGCUUCACGCGUGGCAGAAGAACGGCUUGGAUAUCUGCGAGAAGUUCUGACAAGCAUUCGUUCUAUCAAACUUAAUUGUUUGGAACAUAUCUAUGAGAACAAGAUUAAAAACACAAGAUGGUAAGUUUAGACCUAAAUAUUAUUUUCCUCCCACACCAACAAAUCAUUGCUAAUAUAUACACUGAACCAAGGUAUAGGUUUCAAUACACAUCGCAGCCAAGAACGAUUGAUAACGUUCCUAUGCUGAGCAUUAUUAUGACCUUUUCUUAGUUUUAAAGUUUGUUCGUUCACUGCAACCAGCUAUAUCAAUCAUGUUUCGCUCGCUACUCUGGUUUAAUUAAAUGAUUAGGCUACAAAGCCAAGUCGAAUUGUAAUCAAGACCCAACGUUUCGACACUCCAAUCUAGUGCCUUCAUCAGGGGUGAUCUAAAGAUGUAAAUGUGGCUUCUUAAAUACCCAAGAGAUGACGUCACCUGCCAAUGAGAUGCAUGCAUUCCUCUGGCAAAUAGGCACCGUCAUCCCUAUUCAAAGCAUGAUAUCGAUUACUCAUAUUUUUAUGCAACGCUUCUAGGCAUAGUCUUUGACCAUAGCGAUUGUUUGGGCAAUUACUAUGGAAAUUUCCCACGCAGUCUCGUGUUUGGUGUAACAUACAUGUUCUGCUAAAGCUGAUUUUCCCUUGUCUAAAUUUGAAACAGCCUUUUGAUGUUUUUUUAGCAGCGUACGGCGUACCAAGCUGGAGUUUAGACUGACCCAAAUACUCAGGGAUGCCGGAACGAUGUGAAGGCAAGGGGGGAAGAUUUUCGUGAAUGAGCACUUUUGAAUUGAUAUAUACUGAGAGAUGUUUGAAAAACAUCGGGAGUCGAACUUCGCCUAAUCAUGUUUUCUAUUUAUUGGAUGAUAAGGGUGUGAGGGGGUUCUUCGCCAGGCGAUUGUGCUAAAACUGGUAUUCGUGAAGCUCGAUGACUGCAUUUCUUGCGUUCUCUGAAUGGAGUUCGUAAAAGAAUUGCACUAACAUUUCUGACAAUUCGCUAUUUCGUCAAGGCAAUCCUUUAAAUUGAAAGGGAACAAUUGCCCCCCUUGCCCCUCUUGAUAAAGGGCAACGGGGACGGCUGUCCCUCCUGCCCCAUCCCUUUUCCGGCGUCCCUGCAAAUACUCUUUCUCGCAGUCAACGCAUGGUAUAGAAUAUACAGCAUGAGUUUCUGAUUUGUUUUAACGGAUCUUUUGGCUUUGCCAAAAUAUGGCCUAAAGCCAAAAGGGUUUUAAGGCAACAUUAAUAUUACAAUUACUUAAUAUUCUCUUGAUUGGUUCUGUGACACCUUGAAUGUAUGGAACUAUUGCAUAACCCUCAAGCGUAAACAUUCACAAAGCGGUGAAAGAAUUUAAAAAUGUAAUUUUAAAAUGGCUGCGGCGAGUUGUGCUACAAGUAAUUUGAAGCGUACAACCAUUAUACAUAGGCUAGAAAUACAUGCAUGCAACAACCCUUUGUCUAUAUUUUCCAAACAUGAUCAAUGUCAUUGGUUUAACAUGAACUUCGAGGUAUUCCAUAGGCGUCGAAAGAUCGAUAAGUGGGGGGGACCAUAUUCAUAUAUUCGUGUCCUGCAUUAUUAAUUUCUUUUGAAAUCGAUUGUUUUUAAGGUCUGUGAACACGAAUAUAUGAAUAUGCCACCCCCCCCCCCCACUUAUCUAUCUUCCGACGCCUAUGAAGUAUUCGGAUAUGGCCAACCCUGAACGCUGCCUUGCGUUGUGCCACAAGUGUUGCCAUGACAAUACGAUAUUUUUAAAUUUUAAAUAGUUUUACAUUUUUUGUGCAAAACGGCAAAAUAGUUGAAAGAUUCAGUGUUGGAAAGAAAAACUGUUCACGUUUUAAUAGGCAAAAAGUUUAAUUAAAUGAAGCAACAAAUUUUAUCAACAUUAAAUUAAUCUGUUGGUGUUUUGAUGAAAUCCUGAUUCCUGUCCAAUCGCCUGUUACGUUGACGUAGUUCGUCCAUGCUUUGAGGAAGCAGCAUUUCGGUGAACUCGCUUUUCGAAAUCCCCCGUAUUCUCAUGCAUUCUUUCAAUCAUUAUUUCCAAAAGAAGUACGUUGAACUCGUCAACGAUAUUAUGUUUGAUAUACCCUCACUUGUUGGUCUUCCACGAACGGAAAAUACAGAUCAGAAGCAUGAUUAUAGCCAUCUAUUAUAAAAUCAGAAAACUUCCUAAAAUCAUUGGUUAAGGCAACACACACACCAAAAUCUCAAUAAAUGAUCUAUUAACAUAUUCCAACUAUGAAAAAUAUGACAUCGUCUAAGAAGAAUCCAGAUUGAUAUUCAUACGCUUCGGAUGUCAAUAUUUCUUCACUAAGGUGUCUAAUAAAAUGGUUGAAAACGAAACAAUCAAAAUAUUGUAGCUCGCAAAGCAACACGGAUGACUGUGAUUCUUUAUGCAGCGUUUCAUGUUGAAUUUUAAAUCAACAUAAAGCCCAUCGAAUGCAAACUAACAUGUCUACUGAGAUACUGAUAGUUCUUUAGUUAACAGUGUUACACUUUUCAUUUUUCCCGUUUUCAAAAGAAAUUUAAAAAACUGAUGAUCUGGCAACAUGAAAAUUCAUAAAAUGACGAGAGCAACGCCAGCCUCCCAUCAGUAUUGGCGUAUAAUUACAUAUUAGACAAGAUAAUAUCGAAUAACUGUUUAUUAUAUCGAUCGAUACGAUGGCGAUAGUCUGCAAAUUGGGCUGUAAAAUGAAAAGGCAAUGUACUGUAGUAAAAUACGAAUUACACUAGAAUUACACUGAUUCUUUUUAUCUUAUUUAGGCAAGAAAUCAAAUUUAAGGCGAAGCGGUUGAUCAUUUCCUCCGUCAGUUUUUCUUUUUCUACGUUUGGACAACAACUUUCAACAUUUGUGACAAUAAUGGUUCUGAUAUGGACAGACAAGUCCAUACUUACACCUUACCAUCUGAUCACAAUGAUGUUGCUCUUUGCAAACAUCAACGAUGCAGUUCUUUUCGAUAUCCCACUGUCAACUCAUUUUACGACGAACAUAAUUAUGGCGCUUACUCGGAUACAGCGUUUCCUGGAAAGCUAUGAUUUCAUGGAUGUCACGACCGAUGAGAAUCGAGUUCCUGCAGCUGACCAAUCAGAAUGUGUUGAACAGUCAUCUGAAAAGAUGAAAGCUUCGGGGCAUUUAAACUGUACUCCCUACGUUUGGCUAGAUAAUGUGUCAUGUAAUUUACCCGCAUCAGGAGUUUCAAAUCUUCAAGAAAACAGUGUGUCACUGUUAAAGGACAUUUCUUUUAAGAUAUCAACAAAGGGUUUGGUUAUUAUCACUGGUUCUGUCGGUAGUGGAAAGUCGUCAUUGCUCGCAUGUAUUCUUAAUAAGGAACUUCGUGUUACCAAGGGAACAAUAAAGCGUUCUGGAAACAUCGCCUAUGUUUCAGAUAAACCGUGGGUAUUUCCAGGCACCAUUCGACAGAAUAUAUUAUUCGGUUCAGCCUAUGAUGAAAAGUGGUAUUUAGAAAUUGUCGAAGCUUGUCAGUUGGAGAAAGAUUUUAAGGGAUUCCCGAAACUAGACUUGUCUCGUAUUGGCGAACACGGUGCAACAUUGAGUGGUGGACAGCGGGCACGUCUAGCCAUGGCACGCGCGGUUUAUUCACGGGCAGAUAUAUAUUUAAUGGAUGAUCCCUUAAGUUCUUUAGAUGCCAAAGUCGCAGAAAAUAUUUUUAAGAAUGUUUUAAAAAGAAUGUUGUCAGAACGGAUUGUGUUCUUAGUCACACACAAACAUUCCAAUGAAGCUGACUACAUCUUAAUGUUGGAUAAAGGUAUGAACUUACAGUCUUCAAAUUAUAUCUAAACUAUAAUUUUGUGCAUUGAAGAUAUUAAUUUUAUAGAUGUUCGAGUAAAAUCCACAUUGUCGUUUGCAGAUAACAAACACGGAAUAGCCAAAACUUAAAAAAAUGUUUAAGUUAUUGAAAACAAGCGAAAGAGAUGCUUUCUGUUUUGCAUUAACCAAAACUGUGGUCACCCUGGCUACUCAAUUUGAAGUAAAUAAAUAUAAUGUUGGCGACGUCUAUUCAUGCAAACUCGCAAGGCGUAAAAAUACAAAACAUCAGACUUUAAUUCAAUAGAUUACCGAAACCACUAAAUAUAAUAACACUAAUACAAAAUACAAAAUACAAAAUACAAAACAACGGUAAUUCCGUAAAGAAACAAGGAAAUUUAUGUCGCGCACAUCAUUAGAUAUUCAUAGCAUUUCGGACAAUGACAUGGUGUACUUUACAUCACGUGUGUCUAUCUGGAUACGCCGUCUAGACCAGGACUUUAAUUACUUCAAGUGGGAAGGGCUUUGAACAAUAGGGAAGUUGAGGGGUAAAGAACUGAUUAUACCGGUUGCCCCCAAAAAAAUUACUCCUGUUUGAUUCGUAAUAACUUCUAAACAAGUAAAGUUUUUAAAGAGAAAUAACUUGCAUUAAAUAGAGGAAGGACUAACUUAGAUUUUAAUAUAUUACAGUUGUAUUUAACUUAAAAAUUCACGGAUAUAUUAAUGUUAAAAAUGGGGAGCAUAUUUUGGAAUGUGUCUAAAAUUAGCGAAAAUCGGCAUAUCAAAUAUUAACUCCAGCGUUUGUUUGCUUAAUGACAUAUUAGGCUAACUUGUAUUUCAGCGAAUUAUCGUUAAGGUUUGUAAGGGAUAUGGCGUAGAUUUAGACAUCUUACAUGUAAGUCUUAGCUCAUUGUUUCCUGAAAUAUGAACGUUCGAAAUCAUGAAAGUAUUUAAUAUUAGGUCUUUGCAAACUUAAAUGUACAUGAAAGACUGACCAUGGAAGGCAGGCGCUUAAAUUUUUCGUAUUCUUAAAUAGCCUAAUUUUUUUAUGUUUUUAAUGGGUUCAAACAGACUGACUAGAUUAUUUCUCGGUUAGAGCAGGAUGAAUAUUCUUUAUUGAAGGAAAUAAUAUUGCUUUUUGCAAAUACACAUCACCGUAUCAACGCUACAAUUUUGUUACGUUUUAUUCCAAAAAUGUUGCAUGUCUCUGGGGAGUUGCUUAAUUGUUAUGUCUUAUGGAGUUGUAUGGUUUGAUUGUGUUUCAUAUAAUCUCAGUUUACUCCAUGAACUUGCCAAGAUUAAGAAACGGCAAAAGAGUUUGGGUGUUCUUAACAAGAUUUCAGAACGUUGCAGAAGUUAGAAGAGCUUCACAAUUCCGUUGUGACAGCAUGCCCUAAUUCAGAACUAAGAACGAUCCAAUGACGAUCCUUCGCGAUGCAGUGGUCUCAUGAAAUAAGGAAACGUAUUCGUGCUAGGAACACACGCGAAUUUCGGACGAAUGAAUCUUGCUUGUAUUUUGUAGAUAUCAUAAUACUUUGUUUCAUAAUAAACAAUUUGUCAAGUGUCAUUUAUUUACUGGUAAUAGUGCAUGUUUUCAGGGCAAAUCUCGAUUAAUAUUUGAUACGCCGAUUUUUGCAUAUUUCAGACACAUCCAGAAAUAUCCUCCCGAAUUUAAAGAUUAAUAUCUCCGUGAAUUUUUAAGUGAAAUACAACUGUAAUAUAUCAAAGUCUAAGUUAGUCCUUCCUCUAUUUGAUGCAAGUUAUUUCUCUUUAAAAGAGGCCUACUCUGGGGCGGUAAAUCGCCUUAAAUCGCUGCGAUAUAAUGCGAUUUUGGGCGAUUUUAGGCGAUUUAAGGAAAAACUGGGACUUUCAAGCACUGUGAUUUAAUGCGAUUUUAGGCGAUCUAAGGCGAUUUAAAGAAAAUUCUAAAUUUUAGGGAUUGCAAUUUAGACCUGUGUUUUCAAGGUAAUUGAAUUUUAUAUUUUGCUCCGGUUUCCUCCCACAAGGCAAAAUAUGGCAGGGUGGGUUAGAAUAAACACAGUUAGAAAAGUGAUAUAAUAUUCUCAUUCUUAUAAAGAUAUAUAGUCUAGACUAACAUAAGUAACCCUAAUACUUGAUGUAAGCGGUGACUGAAAAACUCCCCAAAGGGGAGUGAGCUGAAUGUAAUGUUUUCACACACAUUGACACAUAUGCAUUGUAUGAAGCAAAAUACAAUUAUUACAACAUGUAUGUACAUUUUAUAUAAAGCUAGGUUAAUAAUUAUUGUAUUUAACCCGAAUCAUAUAUAAAGCUCAAUAUUCGUGAACUUUUCAUCCAUUGUCUUAUUUAGAAGCUAUUGGAGUUCAUCUUGUGGGGUCAUGUGGUCAUGCAUUCAUGGCUACAUUAUAUACAACAAAUAUUGUAAACAGUUAAUAAAUAUACUCUACUUAAGGGGCAUGUACGGUACAUAAUUGCAAAAUACCAACCUAUAACUAAACUACACAUGUCUUAGGCUAAACUUUAAUAUUAUUAAUUGCAAAAUAUAAUAGAUAUUUGAUUUCCAAAAGAACCACAGCCCACAGGGAGUACAGUAGAAACGCACAAUAUAUUUAUACAGUUACAAUAAGCUAUAUUCCUAUAAAUUACCUUGUCACCCUUGUAAGUGAAAUUGUUUUGUUUUGUAUCUUGUCAAUACUUCUUUAUUUAGCUUGCAUUUUAUUUAAACUGUUUCAACAAACAUGUUUUAUAAAAUUAUGUUUGAUAUCUAUAUCCAGAAACAGUAUUGUCACGCAUUCGGAAACUGUCGGCGUAAUGCCGUAAAGUUUAAUUUACAUGAAGUACAUCGCAUAUAAAUGGUCGGAAUUCUAAAUUAUUUAAAAAAAAUACUAAACAAAAUGAUAUUAAACAAAUGGCACACCGCGCACUACAUCGUGGUUUUAAGUCUUUUACCUGAUAAUUUGUCAAGUGUUCUGCAAACAAGCAACAACAAAGAUUGUAUGGUAUGUACGAUGUAAUAAUUGUUUUACUGUUUAUUUUAUAUACAGAUCUGGAAAAUUUAAUAGAUGAGAGUUGAAACUUGCAAAUCUCGCUCAUAUUAAACCUCACAGAUGUUUUUCGUAUGAUAGCCAAUAUAAUUAUAACUAGGAGCUAGAGUAUAACCAUGCACAUGUCGAAGUACAACCAUUGUAUACAAUGCAGUGCUCGAUCUACAUGCAACAGUGCAUAAAUUGCAGGAUGACCUUAUUAUAUACUCGUACUCAUUGACUCUCAUUAUCAUAGUCUCCUACUGUUGUUCUAACAGCAAUUAGGCUUUGAGAAGCCAUGUAUAUUAUAGAUUAAUUUGUAGCCCAGCCACCAUAGUCCAUAUAAAUUGUAGCCCAGCCUCCACAUUUUACACCAAUAAUGAAAUUAACCAGUUUAACUCAAUUUUGUUGCUGGUCGUGUAAUGGAAUCUAUGGGUCUUUCAUAUCUCAGAAUUGCCUAAUUAUUGUAAAGUCUGCAUAAAGCAGAAAAAGGCUCUGUUUUUAUUAACGACCGGAGCCUAUUGAGUGACUAAAUAUUGUCAGCCUAAUCCACUUAUUUGAUUUAUCCAUGUUGCAUUACUUUUGAUUGCAAAACACUUGGAUUAUACAUGAUUUGCCAGCAAAAUAGCAGCAAUUGAUAAACUUGAGUACAUUAUUGACUGAAUGUAUCAAACAGAAUGCAUGUUGGCGAGUUAAUGCGAUUUUAAGCAUGGGCGUACGGGAAGGAAAAUAUUAGGGGUUGGAAAGAAGUGAUUGGGGGGGGGGAGAAGUGAUUACAAAAAAUUCCUAUUAGAUAGCAUAUUUCCCACAUAAUUGACAGAAUUUCCCACAAAAUUGACAGAAUUUGUCCCAUUUAUUUCUAUAAUAAACCAAUAUUGCCCGACUGUGAAGCGAAUAUUGCCCGGCUGGCUUUGUUUGCCCAACAAAACCAGGGGGCGACCGCCCAGCCAGGAACUGGGGGGCGGUCGCACCGUCCCCACCCCCGCCCAGUACGCCCAUGAUUUUAAGCGAUUUUAGGCGAUUUAAAGCGAUUUUAGGCGAUUUAAGAUAAAUUUGACCAUUUUAACCCGCGAUUUAAUGCGAUUUUAGGCGAUUUAAGGCGAUUUACCGCCCCAGAGUAGGCCUUUAAAAGCUAUACUUGUUUAGAUGUUAUUACGAAUCAAACAGGAGUACUUUUUUUUGGGCCACCCGGUACAAAUAUUUUUAAUUGCUAUGUUUAGAAUUAUUUCUAAAUUUAGAUUUAGAAUUUUUUUCUAAUUACACUUUAGAUGUAACACUUUUUCUGAACGUUUGAAAACUACAUAAAUAUACGAAAAGGAAAAUUACAAUUUUUUACCAACUAUCAUAAUAAACAGUGCUUUAAACACUACAGCAAUAAUACAUUACCGUCUAAUAUAUUGUCACGUCGGCUCUUUCAUUUUCCACCAGACAGAGCCUUAUCGCACACAAUGGUGUCGCCACAAUCAAUUAACACCUCAUCCAGAUAAAACUGAGUAUAUGAUCAUGAGUCGAAGAAAAUUUAUUCGUCCUCUUCAGUGAUUAAAGUUAGGUGAAAGUCAGAUAAAACGUGUCGAGUCAACAAGAUGCUUAGGUCUAGAAAUAGAUUGUCAUUUGAAAUGGAACAUCCAUGUUUCAUCUUUAAUUAUAUCGUUUGGCAAAAAACUAAAUCUCCUUAAAUCAUUAUAUUUCUUACCGAUUAACGCAAAAUUGGACUAGUCUUCUACUUCAAAGUUGUUUUAAUUUACCUUAUAUAACUUACGGAAUCUUGAUAUGGGGAUCUUGCGGGAACAUUUGUUUGAUGAAUUGGAAAAGAUACAUGUUCGCGCAGCAAAGAUAAUUUUUGGUUUCGAUUGGAACACCCCUGGGAAAGACGUCAUCAACAAAGCUAAAUGGUUCACCCUCAAUGAUAUGUACAAACAACAACUUGUAUACCUAGCGUACAAAUGCUAUCAUGAAUUAUCUCCUCCAACUUUGCAGUCAAUCUUUUCGAAAAUUAAAAUGUUCACCGCUACCAACUUAGAAAUAAAAUGACUUAUAAACUUCCUAAACCGAACACGGACUUUCUUAAGAAAUCAAUCUCCUUUCAAGCUGUUAGUCUAUGGAACGGACUGAGCCUUGAACUGAAAAUUAGUAGAACGUAUAAAGAAUUUAAAAAGUCUGUUAAAGCGCUUAAGUUGUUAUAGAUGUAAUAUUUCAAAUCCGAGUUAGUGUUUUAGACGUGGUUUCUAAAUACAAGUGCCACGAACAAUGGCGAGGCGCAGCCGAGCCAUUGUUCAUGGCACUGGUGAUUUGGAAGCCAAGUUUAAAACACUAACGAGGAUUUGAAAUUGCUUCUCACACAUCAUUAGACUUUCAUAGCAAUGAGGCAUGAAAUUAUUAGAUAUUCAAAAAAGUGAGCGUGGGCAUUAACGAUUACAUUCGCUUGAAAGUUUGCAUGAAGCGCAACGAAGCAUUCAGUUCGCUUUCGUCGUGAAUAGAUUAAUUUUAUUGGCAAAAGAGCAUGGUAUCUUCUUAUAAUAUAAGAAAAAGCGGUUUCGAGAACCAGAAAGUGUUGAGCACAGCAUUGUGCACAGUAUUGUCGCUCGGCUGACAAGGUUGGGGAUCCGAAAAACGAUAUAUCAGAUUGUGUGUGCGAUAACGCGCUAUCUGGUGGAAAAUGAAAGAGCCGAAGUGAAUAUAUAUUUUAUAGACGGUAAACAUUACUGGUAAGUUGCUGUAUUAUAGUGUUUAAAGCGCUGUUUAUUAUGAUAGUUGGUAAAAAGUUGGUUUUCCUAUAUUUAUGUAGUUUCCAAACGUUUAGGAAAAGUGUUAGCUAUAAAGUGUAGUUAGAAUAAAUUUCUAAAUACAACUUACUGUAUUUAGAAAUAAUUCUAAACAUAGCAAUUAAAUAUAUUUGCAUAAUCUUUUGUUUACGCCUCAAUUUUCCUAUUGUUCAAAGCUCUUCCCACUUGAAGUAAUUAAAGUUCUGGUCUAGACGGGGUAUCCAGAUAGAUACACGUGAUGUAAAUUAAACCAUGUCAUUGGCCGAAAUGCUAUGAAUAUCUAAUGAUGUAUGAGAAGUGUGUGUAUAAUAGUUUGGGUCAUGCAAGUGUCUAAUAAUGUGAUUGUUUGUUAUGUGUUUUUAUGUGAACAAUUAUGCUUUAGUGAACAGUUACUCUAUAGUCAUGUUUUCGUGGAAUUUGUUACUUAGUUACACGACCACAUCAGCUAUCCUGUAAAAUUAUCGUGUUAAAAUAAAUGCUUUUAUUAUUAUUGUUAUUAUUAUUAUUAUUAUUAUUAUUAUUAUUAUUAUUAUUAUUAUUAUUAUUAUUAUUAUUAUUAUUAUUAUUAUUAUUAUUAUUAUUAUUAUUAUUAUUAUUAUUAUUAUUAUUAUUAUUAUUAUUAUUAUUAUUACAUUUCAACUCUGUAAAAUUUGUAAAUCUUUCGAUUAGUUCUCUUGGUGUUUUCAGUAAAGAAUGUUCUACUUUCAUAGAAAUGCUUAAUGAUUUUGGUUUUCAAAAGCAACAUCAGAAUUACUGUAUUAGAAGAAUGACGACGAUUGCAAUCCGAACAACGUAUUAUAUAUUUUGUUGUCGAAACAAGGAGUGGAUGAAUCCGGAACUGUUAAGUGUUUAAACGUUGUACUGUCAUUUUGUUAUCUUAAUAGUAUAAUUUUUGCAUAUAUAAUCAGUGAUUUAAGUAGCCAGUUGUAAAUUACCUGAUAUAAGUGAGAUUUGCAAUUGUAUAUAUAAGCUAAAUAUCCAUUUAAUAAAGUUUUCAUUAUUAUGAUGUGCGAGAAGCAAUUUCAAAUCCUCGUUAGUGUUUUAAACUUGGCUUCCAAAUCCCCUUUUUCAUGAACAAUGGCUUGGCUGCGCCUCGCCAUUGUUCAUGGCACUUGUAUUUAGAAACUAUACGUCUAAAACACUGACUCGGAUUUGAAAUAUUACAUAAAACAAUAGAUAUGUGAAUUAAAGUUAAUGAGACAAACCUGGUCGACUAUAAUUUCAUUGUGACAUGAUAGACUUGUUAAAAGCCACAAAAGAAGUCGAUGUCCAAAGUUCAAAUAUUUCUGCGGGCACGUGCAAGCCGAAUGAAAGCCUAAAUGAUGGAAUGUCCAACCACAACUGUCCUUGCGCAGCCACACUGCGAUUCCAAAUCAAAUCCUGUGUUAACGAAAGAAGACUCAGUUGUGCAGAACGCUAUAUUUGAAGAUUGAAUAUCUCAGGGAAUUGGAUUCGUUUGCAUAAUAUAGCGAGCAAAAUAUUUUAACUGAGUAUCGCGUUUUCUAACAAAUUCUUUUUUUUAGUAAUACAGAUUCAUCAUAAAAAAAUAAGACCGUAUAUAAUAUAUUCCUAAAAUAAUAAAAUGAUUUGUACGAGCAUUUUCUUUCACAACCAGAUAAUAUUGAAGACAAUAAUAAUUACAAUAUGAUUUUGAUGCAGGUGCAGUUGUAGCUCAGGGAACUGUGGAAGAAGUAAAAAAGGAGAUCCCAGAAAAUAAAGAGAAUAUUGAAAAAGUUAUUGAUGACGAUCCUCAGCAUGUGGAAGAUGGCGAUGAUCCAGCACAAAUUGAACAGUUACGUGAAGCAGAAGAAGAUCGCCAGGUUGGAAAUGUUUCCAUCAAAGUUCAUGCAAAGUAUUUCACGUAUGGAGCGCCAGUGACAAUCCUAUUUCUGAUUUUAUUGGCAAUUAUAGCGGGACAAGGUAAAAACGAAUGUAGCACAAUAUAAUCGAAUCAACCAACUGGACGUUCCAGCUAAUUUACAAUUUUUGAUCAACCAAAGGCCUAGCUUCUAUUGUUCUACUUUACCAGAACAUAGAAUACAACAGAAGUAAGUUAUGUGCCUUGGUAAACUGGGACAAUAGUAAUUAGGUUUUUGGGCUAUCUGUUGUUGUUUAUUGUUGUGCGACUUGGUGCGACUUUGACACUGGGAAGCUGCAGCUGCACCACUAAAUCCAUAGCAUAUCCAUACUAUUUUGAUACUAUAUCCAUAGUAUGGAAAUAUGCAAUUAUAUAUGGAUAACCAAAAUCCAUUGUAUUUCCAAUAAAGGUCCAUACAAUUUCUAUUCUAUGACCUUCUAUGGAUUUCGAAUUUUUUUCCCGGUGUAUGCGACUUAAAGCCCGCCGCACACGAGCGCACUUGUCGCGCCUACUUGCUAUUCGUGACAAGUUGGAUCGACAAAAUUUCCUCGUGUGCGAGCAACAUUUACGGCAUUUUCGUCAUUCGUGACAUGUAAACUAAAUAUCAAACAUGUUUGAUAUUUUUCGUCAUUCGUGACAAAAAAAUUCUCGUGUGCGGCGAGCAAACGACAAGCGCGCCUGAAUAGGAAAUUUUGCGCAUGCGUGCAACUUGCAGAAUUAAAAACAAGACACGAGCUCGUGAUUUUGAUCCGCCAUGUUGUUUUUAAUUCUGAAAGUUGCUGCACGCAUGCGCAAAUUUUCCUAUUCAGGCGCGCUUGUCGUUUGCUCGCCGCACAUGAGAAUUUUUUGUCACGAAUGACGAAAAAUAUCAAACAUGUUUGAUAUUUGGUUUACAUGUCACGAAUGACGAAAAUGCCGUAAAUGUUGCCCGCACACGAGGAAAUUUUGUCGAUCCAACUUGUCACGAAUAACAAGUACGCGCUACAAGUGCGCUCGUGUGCGGCGGGCUUAAACUAUUUUUAGUCCCCGCGGGAAGGCUUUGGAAUAGAACAAUAUAAAUGAUCUGGGCAAAAAAAUUCAUUAUUAUUAAAAUUUCGAAUGGUAUGUAUUGUACUAUAUUGAAAUAUUUUUUGCCAAUUAUUUUUAAUCGCUUUGUUUUUGCUAGGAUUGAUCUUGUGGGUUGACAUUCAAGUGUCAUCAUUACCAAAUUUGGCAAACCAGACAGACAAGUUUCACACAGCGUUAUAUGUAUAUCCAGUAUCUUUGAUUGCUACAGUAUUAGUCACCACCCUUGCGAAAUGUUGCAUUUUUCUCGUACCGAUUAGAGCAAACUACAAACUACACAACAAAAUGGUAUCUUGUCUCCUUCAAGCUCCAAGUCAUUUUUACGCCGUAAACCCAGCUGGUCGUAUUCUGAACAGAUUGUCGCAAGACAUCAACAAUCUAGAUGACCUUCUGCCGUUUUAUUUAGUGAAUUUCGUUCACGAUGCGGCGCUUUCGCCUGGAGCUAUUAUCUUGUGUUUGAUAAGCAACAUCCUGUUAACGCCACUUAUCAUAAUCACAAUUACAAUUUGUUUUGGCUUGUCAAAAUUAUUCUUUAAUUCUGCCAUGGACAUCAAACGUUUAAUGUCUCAAGCUGGCAGUCCGUUGUAUUCCCACUUCUCAAACACCAUGGAGGGAUUGAGGAUUAUUCGCGUGCAUAAUAGACAAAAAGAAUUCACAAAAGUUUUGCUCAGGUAUGAACUUAAUUAUAAUGGGAUCAACGGUUGUAAAGCAGAUACUCUUACGAUUUAA